GUCGGGCAGCGGCGCGGGCGCCCCACGAGAGCCAGGCCGCCCCGCGGGCGGCAAGCGUGGCUCUGACCCCGCCGCUCGCCGCUGCCGCCGCCGCCGGCCUCAUGGAGAAGCCGGGCGCCGACGAGCCGUUCUCCCACCCGCUGGAGCCCGACGCCGAGCCGCCAGCGGGCAAGGCGGCGGGGGAGAAGCGCUUCAAGCUGUGGUACGUGGGCUGGGCGUGCCUGGACAGGCGCACCACGCUGCCCAUGCUGCCGUGGCUGAUGGCGGAGAUCCGACGGCGCAGCCAGAAGCCCGAGCCCAGCUCCGUGCCCGCGCGCGAGGUGCUGCUGCUGCUGGGCUCGCCCAACCUGCGCUGCAUCCCGUCGGCCAGCAGCGCGGCCAACCCGGCCGUGUUCAUCUUCGAGCACAAGCCGCAGCACAUCUCGCGCUUCAUCCACAACAGCCACGACCUCACCUACUUCGCCUACCUGAUCAAGGCGCAGCCCGACGACCCCGAGUCGCAGAUGGCCUGCCACGUCUUCCGGGCCACCGACCCCAAUCAGGUUCCUGAUGUUAUCAGUAGCAUAAGGCAGGUUUCCAAAGCAGCCCUUAAAGGGGAGGUCAAACCCAACAAAGACAGUGAAGAUGCCUUCUACAACUCUCAGAAGUUUGAGGUCCUGUACUGUGGAAAAGUCACAGUGGCCCACAAAAAGGCUCCUUCGACCCUGAUCGAUGACUGCAUCCAGAAGUUCAAUCUUCAUGAGCGCCAGCGCCUGAAGCUGUUAAGCGAGCACCGGAACAUGGAAUCUAGCACAGAUCUUGCUGAGUACGAAGGGGAUACACCGUCUUCUCCCUUAGACAGCCCAUUUGAGGAGCUGGAUAGCCCAAAUGACGGGAAUACCGGCAUGUUCAUAGUGGGGAGCCAGACCAACCUGGCCAGCCUGGCUAGUGGCCGGGUCUCUUUUCCAGAACGGAUUCUGGAGGAUUCUGGAUUCGAUGACCAGCAGGAGUUCCGUGCUCGAUGCAGCAGCGUUGCGGGUGUUACGCAAAGGAAGGUGCAUGAUAGUAGUUUGAAAACACAGUCACGAAGGCGACACGCAAGUGCCCCUAGUCAUGUCCAGCCCUCUGACUCUGAGAAGAACAGGACCAUGCUGUUUCAGGUUGGCCGAUUUGAGAUUAACCUCAUCAGUCCGGACACAAAAUCGGUGGUCUUUGAGAAGAACUUUAAAGAUAUCUCCUCGUGUUCUCAGGGCAUAAAACACAUUGAUCAUUUUGGGUUUAUUUGUCGGGAACCUACGGAGCCCGGAAUAAAUCAGUACAUUUGCUAUGUAUUCCAGUGUGCAAGUGAAUCUCUGGUUGACGAGGUCAUGCUCACUCUGAAGCAGGCGUUUAGCACCGCUGCAGCGCUCCAGAACGCCAAGACGCAAAUUAAGCUGUGUGAGGCCUGCCCAAUGCACUCAUUACACAAACUCUGCGAAAGGAUCGAAGGCCUUUAUCCACCAAGAGCUAAACUUGUGAUUCAGAGACAUUUGUCAUCCCUCAGUGACAAUGAACAAGCGGACAUCUUUGAGCGUGUUCAGAAAAUGAAACCUGUGAGUGACCAGGAAGAAAAUGAACUUGUGAUCUUACAUCUGCGACAAUUGUGUGAAGCUAAACAGAAGACACACAUGCAUAUUGGAGAUGCUCCAAUGCAGAAUGCUUCCAACAACACCAUUCCGGAAAAUUCAGCCAGCAGUGGAAGGUUCAAGCUUGACAUUCUGAAAAACAAGGCCAAGAAAUCCUUAACCAGCUCUCUAGAAAACAUCUUCGCUAGGGGAGCCAACAGGAUGCGUGGCCGUCUGGGGAGCAUGGACAGCUUUGAGAGAUGCAGCAGCCUUGCUUCUGACAAAGAAUGUUCCUCCGGGGAGUCUCCUCCCACGACACCCCCUUCUUCUCCCAUAUCCUCCAUUUGGAAGCCCUUCCCUGAAGAGGAGUCCAACUCGCCCCAGUUCAGACGACGUGCGCACACUUUCAGCCACCCACCCAGCAGCUCCAAGAAGAAGCUCAGUUUCCAAGAUGGGAGGUCCCAGAGCGUCCGCUCCCCCCUCCUGAGGCAGAACUCUGUGGAGCAGAACAGGCCGACCACCUCCCGACGCACUCACAGUGAGAGUGAAUCGUCCAUGCCGUCCAGCCUCCCUUCUUCCUUUUCUGCCCCAUCUUUCCUGAAAAGCUUUUACCAGAGCUCAGGAAAGCCAUCUCCUCAAUCCGAGAACGAGCUCCCCGAGAGUGAUGGGGAGAGAAGAAAAAGGACCUCCUCUGUGUGCAGCAAUGACUCACUAAAUGCUGGUGGAAUCACUCUUACGCCCCGCCGGAUCUCCUGGCGUCAGAAGAUCUUCCUCCGGGUCGCAUCGCCCAUGAAGAAAUCCCCCUCAGCAAUGCAGUUUCAAGAUGGAGGGGAUGGAAACGAAUUGUUACCCUUGUCUCCCCUUGCGCCAUCUUUCGAUGAAGACCCGCUUGUUUCCAUAUUACAAAACGAUGAUGCCCAAGACAGGACUGGGGAGAAAAAGAACUCAGAAGAGCUGCAGAGUCUGUGGAGGAAAGCAAUCCAUCAGCAAAUACUGCUACUUCGGAUGGAAAAGGAAAACCAGAAAUUGGAAGCAAGCAGAGACGAGCUGCAGUCCAGAAAAGUCAAAUUGGACUAUGAGGAAGUUGGUACUUGUCAGAAAGAUGUUAUCAACGUCUGGGAUAAGAAACUGCUGAACUGCAGAGCCAAGAUCAGAUGCGACAUGGAAGAUAUUCACGCUACUCUGAAAGAUGGUGUACCGAAAAGUCGCCGGGGAGAAAUCUGGCAGUUCCUUGCCGUGCAGCAUCGUGUGAGGCACCGGCUGCCAAAUAAGCAGCAGCCCCCGGACAUCUCGUAUAAGGAGCUCCUGAAGCAACUGACGGCUCAGCAGCACGCGAUCCUGGUGGAUCUAGGAAGGACCUUCCCGACCCAUCCCUACUUUUCGGCACAGCUGGGAGCCGGGCAGCUGUCGCUCUUCAACCUUUUGAAGGCGUAUUCCUUGCUGGACAAGGAGGUGGGGUACUGCCAGGGGAUCAGCUUUGUGGCCGGCGUGCUGCUUCUCCACAUGAGCGAAGAGCAAGCCUUCGAAAUGCUCAAGUUCCUCAUGUAUGACCUCGGCUUCCGGAAGCAGUACAGGCCCGACAUGAUGUCGCUGCAGAUCCAGAUGUACCAGCUGUCGAGGCUGCUCCAUGAUUAUCACAGGGACCUCUACAACCAUCUUGAAGAAAAUGAGAUCAGCCCUAGUCUUUAUGCUGCACCCUGGUUUCUUACGUUAUUCGCCUCACAGUUUGCCCUGGGAUUUGUCGCCAGAGUGUUUGAUAUUAUUUUUCUUCAGGGAACAGAAGUCAUAUUUAAGGUAGCACUAAGUCUGCUUAGUAGCCAAGAGGAACAAAUUAAGAUGUGCGAGACGUUUGAAAGCAUUGUUGAGUUUCUUAAAAACACUCUCCCAGACAUGACUAAGCUCCAGAUGGAGAAGAUAAUGACUCAGGUUUUUGAGAUGGAUAUUUCCAAACAGCUUCAUGCCUAUGAGGUGGAGUAUCAUGUUCUCCAGGACGAACUGCACGAGAACUCCCAUCCGUGUGACGAUGGUGAGGCUGCAGAGAAACUCGAAAGGGCAAACAAUCAGCUGAAGAGGCAAAAUAUGGACCUGCUAGAGAAAUUGCAAGUAGCUCAUACUAAACUCCAGAGCAUGGAAUCAAGCCUGGACGAUUCCUUGGCAAGGGAGCAGAAAAUGAGGAACUUAAUCCAGUCCCUGGAACAAGAGAAAGUGCUCUAUCAAAAGACUCUCGAGAAGAUCUGUAGAUACUUGCCUGAAGAAGCACUGGCUGACUGCGAACAGCUGCUCAGAGAGGUGAACUGUAACACAAGCAAAAUCUCCAAAUAAGCCAUAAGUAAAAGGUUGGAGGCAACACAGUUUCUGACAACAAAGGAAAGGAAAGCAACGCACAGGCUGCUGAGGAAGGUGCCUGCAUGAACUCACACAGGUCCUGGGAUUCUUACUUCAGCAGAGAAGGCCUUUUAAAUCUUGAUAUGCAAAUCCCAGGUUAAAUGCUUGUAAUAAUGUGUGCACAUGAAUUGUAAUGCGCAACACAAAACAAUUAGAUGUAUAAUAUUUAGGACUGAUCUAAAGGAAAAGGGAUUAAAUGACACCCUUUGAGACCGCGGACAACUAAAAUGCCAUCCUCCGUAUUGUUCCCUUCACUUGGAGUAAAAGGAACAUGUUGUGUCUUUUCUAUAUAUUGAUUAAUACUUGAAAAGAAAAGCAAGAAUGUAAUUUUUCCCUCCAAAGAACAGCAUGUUUCCCAUAUUACUAGGGGAUUUCUUUGUGUUUUUGUUUCUGCGAAUUUUUUGUGUGAGAACUCCCUGUAAGCUCAUAUGUGCCUAUAAUUAAUUCUACUGACAAUUGCAUAUGUGCAACGAUCUUUCUGACCAGCUGUCAUUUUGCUCCUCUGCUGCUGAGGAAAGUUAGCCAUGCCAGGUUGCUUUUGCGUGGGUCUGGAAAAGUCACCAGGGCUUAUUUUCCCAAGCCAUUCUUCGAGAAGCCAGAAAAACAAGUCCAUUUCUCUCUCGUUUUCAUCCCUGUACACUAUUAUGUGGAAUUAAAAGCAGAAGCAGACGAGCCUAGAAGCCUCACAGGACAGACCUGUUGUUGGGUGUCUGUCCAUUUCUGUAUAAAAUGGCAAAUGGGAGAUAAAACAUCAGAAUGUUCCCCCCAUAAAAUAUUCCUGCAUAUUCCAAACCCACCUGUUAAGUUUUGACAGUAGCCAGUUGGGAUACAUGUAGGUGGUGUUUGAAUGUUUUGUCACAGGAGAUAUUUCAUCACUUUAUUUGGUGCCUGGCUUGGGACACCCAUCCAAAAAAACCCUUCACAGGGUUUCUGGUCAUCUGGUGUUGCACAUAAGAUGUGGCUGGGCUUCCGUUCGAAGGCUGUUUGCUGCAAACAUGGGUUUCAUGGCGCGCGAGAGAUCUGGUAUAUUUUUUCCACUUCCACCUCUGUUUAAAGGGCCAGUGGCUCGUCCACCUUGUUUCCUUCAUUGGGAAGUGAGCACUAGAGAAAACGUAAGUAUUAGGAUUCCAUAAAUGUGUGAAAUAUAAUGCAUCAAUGAUACGCUAGACUCAGAGAAGCAGAUAGACUUAACUGUAUUAAUGCUACUGAGAAGUUGUUCAAACAUAGCAACUGGUACAUUUCAGCUUAAAAUGUCUGUCCUGUAGAAUGCUUUAAAAAAUAAAAAUCAUAGAUACAGUUUGACGUUUUUCAGGUAGCUUUUCCUCUUCGAUUAGUCUCUCUUCUGCACAUUUCUGAAGAUGUGCUACCUUUGGAAGGCACUUCCGUCAUGUAGACCAGACACUGAAGUCAAUGCUUGACCCAACAAAGCAACAAAAACGGCCGUCUAUCUUAGUUAGGAAGUGCACAUUUCAUUUUGGGACAUGCUUGAACUGUUGUAACAUUCGGUGGGAAUUACUUGUUAUUGAUCCAGAUAUUAUUUUUAAUAAUAAGCAAAGUGCCAAAUUCAGCCAAGUGUCUUACUUGUACGAGUUUCAUGUAUGCUGGGGUGGGUGGGUGGGUGGGUGGAGUGUGGGGAAAGGUGCCAGCACUUCCUUUGUAACAUGGAUUAUGCAGAUAACAAGCAAAACCGAGGGGAAGUAGAGCUGGUUUUCUGUUUUCCCGCUGCAGUGUGUGCCUUUCCUUCCCAUGAUGCAUUGUUGUUAGGCCAAAGUAUGGAUGGCGUUAUCAUGGGCAUGGUUCACCAGGAGGGAAGGGGAGGGAAGCGAGGGAAUGGAAGGCAGUUUAGUAAAUCCAACGGUGCAAGCUAAAUAUCUAAUCGACUGUGCUUGGGGUUUUUCUCUUGUCCCUGCUGUCUCUUACCAGACCUGCAGGGGAUAUGGAGAAGUUGUAAUAACAUGGCAUUUUACUUGGUAGAGAAAGUGGCUUCAGGGGGAAUUUUUCUGGUUUUGUGUUUGUUUGUUUGGCAAUUUCAUCUGAGGCAAACUUAGGCAUACGGAACCAGAACAUACUGUUAAACUGUGUAUUGCAAUGAUUGAGCUGCGACAGCACAUUUCUUUUAUUUUUUUAUUUUUAUUUUUUUAGAGGCACAGAAAGUUUCAUCCUGUGUUGGGCUUAGUGACUUACUCAUGUAUCACCUGGAGAAUUUCCAAUAAAUGCCAUUGCUGCA